GAACGUUUCGAGCUCUCUCUGCAAUGGAGACUAACGACUGCGAGCUUUUUGGAGAUAUGGAGCAGCUGCCUUUUCGAAGUUGCGAGGCACAAGGGAUUGCGCGAAGACUUCUCGAAAUUUACGGUACAGAGGAGCCAAUGGAGAUCGAAUCCCCCGAAAACUGCAUGAUACCCGACGACAUGAAGCGAUCACUCUCCUUGCCCUCGCGCUGCUGGCAAGACGUGCUCGUUCCGUCUGAGAUGGAAAGGCGGAUACGAUUAAAAACGCUCAACAAUCACAUCAUUUGCAAGAUAUGCAAGGGGUAUUUAAUCGACGCUACUACAGUCACAGAAUGUCUGCACACAUUCUGUAAAAGCUGCCUGGUGAAACAUUUGGAGGACAACAACACAUGCCCAACCUGUGAAAUUGUAAUCCAUCAAAGCUAUCCCCUACAGUACAUCAGCUACGACAGGACUAUGCAGGACAUUGUGUACAAGCUGGUGCCAAAUCUUCAGUACAAUGAAAUGAAGAGGGAGCGGGAUUUCUACCGGCGCAAAGGUCUUCCUUGUCCCAAGGCCCACAAUCCUGGGUUGCUCAAUGAAAAGGAUGCGGGCUCCAAAGCAUCAUCCUCGAAGGAGGAUGAGGCAGAUUGCCACAGAUCAGAUGAGCAGGUCAACAUAUUACUGGAAUCUGACAGUGUCCAGUUGAAGCAAAUGCGUCGCAAGUUCAUUCGGUGCUCGUCCCAGGCCACCAUCACCCACUUGAAGAAGUUCAUUGCAAAGAAGCUGUUCAACAACCUUGACAGAUACAAAGAGGUUGAGAUCCUUUGUAACCAGGAGAUACUAGGCAAGGACCACACAUUGAAAUUUGUCUAUGUCACAAGAUGGAGGUUUAAGGAGCCUCCACUGAAGCUGUACUACAGGCCUAAGGUAGAAUUGUGACAGCAAAAACUACAAUGCAAGUCUAAGGUGUUAAUAGGUGCCACCGGAGUAUGAGCUUGGAAAAACACAAAAAGGGAGGGGCUACCGCAUCUUGGAUCACACAGGAGUGCGGAGUCAGUUUUCAAGCAGGAAUUGUUGCACUCACUAGCUGAAGGCUUGCUUUCCAGGUCAAGCUUUAAGCUAGGGGUAAUCCUGGCAAGCACUCUUUCUUGUUUAAUGAAGUCUCCCAUUGUACAUAUGUCAUGAUCAUGCCUGUAAAUACUGGAUUAUCCCACCGACGUUGGCUAUGAAAUCAUGUAUAUUUUUAGGUUGCUUGUUCUAGAGAUAAAACUACUGGGCUGCAAUGACGUAACUAAAAGAAACAGUGAAAUUUUUUUGAGAACUUAUUGCCAGUGGGUGUGUGUAGUGCAGUGCUGCAUUUUGAGUUGAAUAAAAGCUUCUGCUGUGUGAAGCAGCAUGUCUUGUUAGUAAACAUCAGAAAAUACAAAGGUCCUCUCUGCAUAGACUGAGUACAUCAAAACUUCAGCCUUAUAGUAAAUUGCUAAACUUCCGUGCUGUACAUAACCACUUUCUGUUGCUUUUCGUGCCUGCCAGGCAAGGUGUGUAGUGUGUGCUGCCACAAUGCAGACAACGAUAUGUGAUAUGGCUUCUGAUAUUGUCAUGCUCAUCUCUGAGAACAAGCUGCAUAUAAGCUUUUUUCAUUAUCUGCUACUUGGUGUCAAGUACGAUAGAUGUUAUCAACAUUGGGGACAAUACCAGCCAUGGUCUCUUUUAAUGCAAAGCAUUAUCAAGAUCACUCUCGAGGUUUUGUCCAGUGUCUGGCUGGGUACUCUAAAUCACACAUUAAAUUACAGAGCUCUUCUGUUGCACUUGUGUGAGAAAUAUGCGAAAACAUAGGCAGUGUCCCUCUUGGUGUGUAUAUAUUUAAAUUGUUUGUUUGUGUUUGUCACUGUCUAUUGUACAUUAUGUCUACUCAUUAUGGUUCAUUCCUAAGCGCCAUAUUGAGCAACCACCUAUUGUAGCAUAUGGCACCCACUCAAAUGCAACAAAAGUGUCGUUCCUGUAUACACAGAGAAAUCUUGUGCAUAUGCAUUGUUUCAUUUACUGUGCUGCACACUGGCUGAGCAUUCUUCAGCUGCCUUGCUUUUCUACCUCCCUACGCCUAGCCACUCCUGACGUUUUUGAUCAUGCAGAGUGUCACUCCGACAUUUCGGCAUUGCAACAGCAUCUAUAGGUUUCACGAUAUAGCAGCGCAGAACACUGCAAAUUGUAGCCAAAUGCACCGCCCGCUGUUGGGCUGCACGAUGGUGAUGACCUCUACGUCGCCACAAUUUUUAGGACCAUUGCGGUAUGAGCUUUCAUAUUAUGCCACCCACCACAACCAUUCAAGACCCUGCACUUUGCACAAGCAUUUGCAUCGCAUCCUCCAGCAUUCUCCAUUCCAGCAGCACUCCACCUCACCCAGGGUGUGCUCACAAUACACCACACGUUAGCACACACUGCGGGUAGUAGGUUUCUCGCAUCCCCGAUUUAAGGAGCACCGUGGCCCCUCCUAUAGAAUGCUUCCUUCCGCAUUAAAAAUUGCAUGUUCAUUGGUGGUUUUGAACCCGGAUCAUCCAUCGCAGCAGCCCACUGCUCUACCUGUUAGGUCACAGAUGCAUGUGUGGCUUGAUAAAAUAACCUUAUCAGCAGGCCAUUUGCUCCCAUCCUUUCCUUGUAGGAGCUAGCACAUUGAGACACUGUGACAUUGCGCUGCCUUUGGGAUUGGCCCAGUUCAGCCUACACGCAACACUAUCAACUUUGGUGGCAUGUGUGUACAAGUAGCAGUAGUAAAAACUUUAUUUAUUCUUCAGUUCGUUAUUCCCAGAGGGUGGAUCCCUUAGUCUAGGGCUACGUUUGCUGCUGCAAUCCGGCUGGCACUGUCAAUCAGUUUUCUCUGGUUAUCAAGGGCUGUGCUGGAAAGAGCGGCUUCCCACUGAGAGAUUGAGUGGUUGGGUUGUGUGCAAGUUUGCUGGUUCUUUCUACGUUGAUAUGUUGUGCUUUGUACUCCAGGCAGUGUUAGACAUUCCCUCAAUCGCAAGCUCUGCUGCACUUGCAAAACCUUCCCAUUUUUCUUCAUAAUAAACCAGUUGAAGGCAGGUGUUUGAGAGUGACAUGAAGCACUCUCUCCCACAUUCCCUCUCUUACUCAGCAGGUGAUGCAUCUAGUUCAAUGCUGUGCACGUGUGUGGGGUGUUUUCUUAAUUCGAUGACGUGUCAUUCAUUGUAAGAGUGGCUUUAAUUCAAACUCCAAGGAGAGCGUAAAUUUAUUACAAUAAAACUGAGUUCAAUCUAAAGGAGCCACUUUGAAUAUAGCGCCCGAUCGAUUGUCUUGUACAGUGCGCAAAACCAAAACCAUCGCUGGGCUUGCAUUGAAAAAAUAAUCUUUCCUCCAUCAGCACAUGGGAGGUGGCUCCUCCCAUGUGCCCAAUGUUGGAGGUCAGGUGAUAGAAUGCGCACUAAGGGGGUGGAGGGGAUCGCGCAGUAACAUGGUUAAGAGUGUGCUGGGAAAGGAGGUGAUCAUGCAUCUCCUCCUCUAUCCCAGCUGUGGCUAUGGGUGGCUUACCACAUACACGGGCCACACACCACAUCGUGGACGUUUUCUGCCGCGUGUGCCAAGUUUGGGCAAGCCGAAAUGGCUGGUCCCUUCACCUGCACUGUCAUCCCAUGUGCUUAGUAUCUUGUCACGUAAUCUUGCGUGUUGUGAAUCGAGAGGCAGCCCGAAGCAAUCACUCACUGAGGCUGGCGCUUUUCAUCAUGCUAGCAUUGCGACAGCAAGUGUUCGCUGUCAUCGAGUGAGAUCUGUUCCUGUUUGCCAAGGUGCAUGUGACACCAUGCUCUUUAAUUUAAUUAGUAAGCGAAUGUUUACUGCAAUUUAUACAGCCGAUAGAAUAUGAACCUUAUUUCGUGUAGUUGUCUUAUGCUUUGCUGUUGCUAUCAUUGCUUCACCUUUUGGGCAAAAGUAACUAUUUAUUGCAAUAACAAUUGUAUACACACUCCAGGUGCGCUUCUGCCGUCACCGUGAUGUUGUGUAUAAAGACCAAGGGCGAUAACAUCGUCGCUGCAUGCUGUAUGUGCGAGGGUGAGCCAGCGAUGACGUUUCAAUCUCGCGCGUGCAAGGGCGGAAAGCGAGGAGGAAGCACGCCAUCUUCCUUUGCGCGCAAGGCACCGCGGGGGGGUCUUCUACUCUGGCGGCUGCUACAUAUGGCAUGGUUGCGCGGGCCCUAUGUUGAAAGUGAUCUGCGAUGGGGGCAGAGUUUACCACGUGCUGAUAGCUUCAUGUGCGUUGUGCUUUCGCCGCUUAGUUUGCAUUGAAGCUGAGAGGCAGCACGAAGGUCAAUUCCCUCGCUGCUGCUUCCACGCUUCUUCACUCCAGUGCUUUGACAGCGAGUUUCCGCUGUCAUCAAGUGAGAUGUGUUCAUGUUUGCUUGUGCGUGUGAGACCACGCUUGUUAGUUUAGUUAGUAAGCAAAUGUUUACAAGUUCAUACAGCCGAUAAAAUUAUCCUUACUUCGUAUAGCUGUCUCCUAAUUUGCUAUUGCAAUUGAUGUUUUGCCUUUCGAGUGAAACUGCAACAUUGUGUUCUUCCUGCUCCUGUUAAUCCAGGUGGGAAAGGCGGGCACGUGCCGCUCUCCUUGCUCUGGCUUGGUCUUGACUCCCUGCAUACCUUUCCUCGUCAUUUUUGCAGCACGUGAUGUUAGGCUACCAGCGACGUGUCAGACCUGUGCCUUUGGUUCAGGUUUGUCCGAAAGGCUUGGAGAUAAUAGAGAUAAAUUUUUGUCUUAAUAUCUGUUGCAUGGUUUUUGGAGUUUGAAUUUGCCAGAGCAUUUCCUCAUUCAAAAACACUGAACUUUGCCGGGACCAACACAGCAGUUGAAGUUAUUCGCCUGUUCGAAUUAAGAGAUUUCAAAUUAUCGGGAUUUCACUGUGCUUGAGAUGGCGUUAAGUGUUCGAUUUCAACGUCAAUUUAUUUCUGCACUUCAUGCAUCAGAAAUGCAGAGAGCAGUGACUGAAUGCUUUGUCAAUCGACAAAGUGUUUUAGUGCAUGCAAUGCUAUGGAGGUUCAUGUCACAGUCGCACUGUAGAAGCCUGGCUGCUUAGUUUAUGCAUUAAUCUGCUUCUGAUGGCCCCUUAACAAGACCCAGCAGUGAAAGGGAACUACAGACACACACCAUAGCAUUAAAACAUGUCGUCAAAUGCAUUUUCUCGCAAAUGCUUUGCAUUAACAUAGAUUCCCAUAUUGUGUAGGAUAUGUAUAAUUUUUGUGGUUUGUCACAUAGUGUUGCACAACAUUGCCUGGCGGCACAGUGGGCAAAGGAAAGCUGUCAUGUUUUCAUGGCACUCUUGGGUGGAGUAAAAGCUCUACCUAAGAGCGCCAUGAUCGAGUUUUAGCUGUACUUAAAAACUCCUUGUCUUUAGGGAUCUACUAUAAAUACUUAAAGGUGUAUUUGGCAUGUAGAAGCAUAAAGUUCAUGCCUGAGUACUAUUAUUUUUCUUGUCAGUACUUGCCACACUUGUCAAAGAAGGUGUUUGCUCAGGAAGGCUCUGCUGUAUAGUUUUGUGCUGCUAAGGGACUGAGCACACCACUUUCCGAUUAGCAUUAUUUACUUGUUUCUAUAUUGUGUAAGAAGUUGUGCUGCUUGGUCACUACCAGUUAAUGGUGAAGCUGUAUUUUAAUACAUUUUAUGACCAAUUGAAAAGUUGAACAGCACUUGUUGCAAUACAUAAAAGCUUCUAGGAAAGGGUGCAGUGUUGAAAUAUCACCAGUGGCAUGGUGUGACUGGGUACAAGCUUAGCUGAACUGUGAGGUGUCUUUUUGGCUAUAGCCUUGUUGACUGCACGUGGCCUAGCAAAGUGUGGCAAAACAGUGUGAAAACCACCUGGGUUCACAUUGCUAUGCAAGUACUUCUGUAACCUUUCAGAAUACAUGCUCUUCAACAAUGUAGUGCUAAUUUUGGUCAGCUUCAAUUGCCAAUUCAAUUACACUGUCACUGCAUGUAUGUAAUGUUUGCAGCAAACAGUUGCUUGUUUUGGUGAUUUGUAUGUUGAUAUUGCGGGACACAUUGUGAUAAAACAUGCAAGAAAUUUUUCUUUUCGUAACUUUUUAAAGUUAUUGAUUUGAAACGGUUUCCUUUUUGUGUGUGUCUGCUGUAUUAUCUGCCAUAGCAGGCAUUGUUUACUGUUUGUUGCAUUUGAAGUGUGACCAUAGCCUGGGAACAUUGAAUAUGGAAGUACACUCAUCUCAUUUGUUAAUAGUAUAUUGGAAACAGGUAUACACUUAUCCUGGCAAAACUGUUGUCUAUUUACUUUCAAAUUUAUGCUCAAGUAGCAUAAGGGGAUUGGUUUUGUUUGACACUGUUUUGAGUUGUAUUGUCCUAGUUUAUUAAAAAUGAAUUGGUAUUGAAAACAAAUCACAAAACUAAAAUUCAAUAUUGCACAGAGAAAUGGCACUCAGUAUCUCUGUAAUGCCAAAAUAUCUGCUGCGAAAUGCAUAGCAGAACAGCAGCAAAGAGACAUGAGCUUUGUGCUGCUGUUGUAGAUCUAGAUUAAGGAGUGGCAAUCAAGGGAGACAAUGUACUGCACGCUUAAUAGCUUAACACUUGGUUCAUUACUGGAGGGGAAGAACGUCUUGGCUCUUCCUCAGCAGGCUAGGCUUAUGGAUUAGUGGUGGCUUGGCACAUCGUCAAUAUGGUGACAUCCCUUAUUACCUCAAUCACUGCUCAUUUCAUUUUUUACGAUGUUUCAGGGAAUUUUCUUUCAUACUCGUGUGAGAAAACAAUAAUCUGCAAUCGAUGAAAGCAUGAAUAACAAUGAAAGAGAAAAAUCGAGAGCAGCUUCACAGGUAGAACCCACAAAAUUGACCGCAUAAAUGACGCCACUGCCUCUUUGGGUCGAUGUCCACUCGAAAUGACAAAUUGAAAAAGCUGGAAAGAGCGUGCAGUGAUUCACAAGUGCAUUCUUCCAGCAUAUAAAGCAUAUCUGCUUAUUUUAUUCCACUAUCUCUCAGUGGCACCUUCGUCCCCUCUUUCUUUCAUGCAACACUUCUGAAGAAAGCAGCAGUUAUAUGAUCAAACCUGCAUUCAGUUAUGCUGUGUUCAUAACUGGUUCACAUUCAUGUCCACAUCCAACACUGGGAAUAGAGAGAAAAAGGGGUUCCAACACUCUCAGUGGCAAAAGCUUUCAGGUCUCUGAGGCACUUCAAAUUAGUGUGACAAAUAGCCAAAAGCAGGCAUAAGCAUGCUGCUUUUGAAUUGGUUUAAGGAAGCAGGGUGUCGAACGGAAAAAGAUACUGGUUCAGUUCGAGUUCAACACUGAUUUCAUUCUGGUUCAGUUUCGGUUUGGAGAAAUAAAAAUAUAACAGUUAACGAACCAGUUCAGUGUUGGAAACCGGUUCAGCACAUUCGUGCUGGUAGAUGAUGAACAAGGAUGGUUCGUGUCUAGGCCUGCAUCAAUAUUCCUUAUGCAGUUGCAUGUAGUGCAGAUCUUUGUCGGCUUAAAGCCAGCAAAAUAUGUUGAGAGCAUGAACAUCAUGCCGCGGCAAUGAUUUGUACAACCCAAUGGGCGUUGUGCUCUGCUUGUAGUCCCCAAACUUGCAUAGAACCCCGACUUGUAACAAAAGCAGAUCUUGCAUGUGUGCUGUUUGCUGCUGUGGUUACCAUGCACUGAGAAGUUGAAUGCAUCCAUUAGCAACUACAGGGUUAUGGUUGCAAGAAGAGGCGCAGCUGCACUCAUUGGUGCUGCUCCUAUUUUUCCUCCUCGGACACCCUUUUCUCUGGUCUCCAUGGGUGCGAUCUUGUACGCGUUCCAAAAUCGAACGGAGGUGGUCCUUUCUUUACGUCACGAAAUAGGCGGUCCAUUCCGUUGCGUUCAUCCGAUAGCAGACGACACGGACUGAUUGACAGCAGAUAUCACAUCACAAUUGACGUCAUGGCGUUCGUCACAGUUCAAAUUGACCAAUCGUGUGCGGCUCGGUGGAACGGACCGCCUCCAUUCUAUUUUGGAAUGCGUACAAGAUCGCACCCCAUGUCUCCUGGCAUGUGUAUUUUACAGGUUACCUUAUAAUAAUGUUUCCCUUCCUCCUGCUAGCAUUUAACUCAUCUGAUCUAAUGGCAGAAUUAGGAGGUUCAGUAGAUGUAGUUUUUCUGGGGAACCCCUAAGAAAACAUUUUGGCUACAGAACCAAACUGCAUGGCAUGGCUGAAUUCAUAGUGCAAGCCUCUACUCUUGAAGUGGCUGUAGUUAUUGGCAUACCCACCAUCUGUCCUUAACUUGCAAUGCAACUCAACAAUCUUGGUAACAAUUGCGAUUGAACCUGUUGACCACCUGUUGUCACCCUAUAUGCUAGAAUUAUUUCAUGCCAAACCUGUAACUGUUCUUUUGUUUUCUUUUUCUUUGCGAAACCUCCCAUGUUAUCCUGCUGCUGUUGUCUUGUCAAAUAGCUCAUACUUAAAAAAAAAAAGGAUUGAAUUAUGUGCUCAAUUGUGAGAUCGUACCUUGGUCCCCCAGAACAGCAGCCCAAUGCUCUAAGCAUUUCGCCACAAUCACACGUAUACUUUUAUCAGGCCAACGCUUACUAGCCCUUUGAGAUGAUAGACACGUGUGUCACAUUGCAUAGCAUGGGUGCACUAGAGCACAUGUGCUCAUGUCAGCUUCCUUUACGCCAAAGACACAGCAAUGAAAUGGCAAAUUUAUAACAUUUGAUUAAUGGCUUCACUUCACAUAGAUUCCAAGGUGUGCUUGGAUCUACAUAUUUAUUUUUUUUUUUUUUCAGUUCAGGUUAAAUUUGGGUUUAGGCACGUUCAAAGAAUAUCAAUUUGUGUUUGUGUUCAGCUCUGGCCAAAAUUGCAGUUCUGGUAUGCUUUUCGGUUUGGUUCAACACCUUGUAAGAAAGUUCGUUAAUAGUGGUGUAGUAAAGCUGAAAGGAAUGACUGCUGCUGUAGCUAGCCUGUGCAAUAGAGCAAAAUCUAGCAAGUAUAUAUUACAUGUAAACCUUUUGCUAAUGUAUAGACAGUCAACACAUAUCAGUGAAAUUUUCCACAUAAUUUGACAAAAAAUGGUCAACAGUUUAGCCAAGGGAAUGAUGCCUGUUUCCAUUCCUGACACACCAUGCAGUACAGUUGGCUUACAGAAACUGGAUGUGCCUUGACUUCAAGCAUGCCUAGCUAGGCAUGGCUGUGAAUUUAACACGGUUUUGUAAAUGUGCAUUCUCUAGUACAUAGAGCUUUAUUUAAAAAAAAAAUAUGGCCAUGAUCAUUCAGCCAUAUUGUAUGCAUUGUUUUUAAUGCUCAAUUUAGUCUAAGUCAUUUCUUAAUUUAUUUGCAAUUGUGGUUCUGGGAUGAGUAGUGCAGUUCAAGUUCCAGUUACUGAAACGUGUAGUCUACUGUCACACCAAAGGGAGAAAUCAUCUUGGGUACAGCUGUAUGGCUUGUAAACUAUAACGAAGGUAUCAGAGUUGUGAAGCAAUUUCGUUCUAGCAUUGGUGCAGCAACCUGUAUCCUUGCCAAUCUGUGGCUGGAGCUGUAAAGUUAAUUUCUCAUGCAGUAAAAAAAAAAAACUGAUUCUGCUCUGAAAACAGUUAUUUUUUUGUUUUUGUUGUUUAUUUCUUCAGCAUUUCCACGAUUUAAAGAAAAAAGUUGGGCUAGUUAGAACUUGGGUAUUUGAGACAUUUCCAGCACUUAGGGAUGCAAAAAAAUACCUUGGAAUAAAGCAGUCCUUUUCGUGCUGUUGUCCUUCUCUCUUUGCUCUAAAGUGUUUAAAUGUGAAGCAUUCUUUGCCUCUUACUGGACACAUUGCAGUAAGUAGGUAGUACUUCGGUUAGGGACAUGUCAAUAAAGAAAAGGUUAAUUGUCCUAUGGUAGGAAUAAACGAAGGCCCCAGCAUAAAAGCUAAAUGCUGUACCCAGUAGGCUGCAGGUGCAUGCAUAUUUCUCUACUGCCAAUGGCAAAAAGUUCUUUGAAAUUAUUGGCGUGUGCAUCACAUAGCAUAAUUUAAAAAGUGAGAGCAUGUAUACAUGCUUCAGUUUUUAUUAGGCUACACACACGGAACUAAAAUGUACAAAUCGUUGUCAAUCUUACUGCUGUGCUUCAAUAGCGUCAUGCCACAUAGCAACAGUGCACCAAUAUCCACUAUCUUUUGUUUGUUGCAGUUAGCUCCUUUGAGACGCUAUGUGACACUGCACAGCCUUUGGGAUGGGCCCACUUUUCUUUCCUGUGGCAGCUAGUACUUUGGUACACCAUAUGACAUCGUACUGCCUUCGGGAUCAGCCUGCGUAGUAAAGGAACAGGGAUUCUAUAACGUAAAGCUAUUCCAAACUUUUCUAUUCCAAUUCUGCAAUGAGCCCUCUGCCAUUGGUCAAAAACUUUUUUUGAACCACCCCCCACUUCGCCUGUCUGGCACGCGACGUCGCGACAACUGCGAUAGCUCCCCAUCUGAUAUGACAUGAACACACUGAAUAUCCAUGACUGGAAAGAACAAAAGAAAAAUAGUUGUUUAUGAUUCAAUGCCUUUUCGCCAUUAGCGCUUGGCUAUUGAUCAAAAGUUUUCGGGCAACACCAACUUCGCCUGCCUGUCACGCGACAUCACAAAACUGCGAGAGCUCGCCACGUCAAAGUGACGUGUGCGUAGUAAAGAUGGAUUAAUAUGCCAAACAAAACUAAGUUUUCUUUUGAAUAGGCGUAGGCUGCCUCGUUCCCAAAAAAAUAAAAGAUGGCUGUCGCCGAUGGCUCAGGCACUGGCUACUAGCACCGGCCAGAGAGCAUGGGUUUAUUUGCAUACAAUAGAGCUUAUUGCGUGGCUGUGAAACGUUUUCGAGCACUUUCGGCAUGUUUACAACCUCGUUCUGCCAACUAUUCUUUGCUGAGGAUCUGUUUUAGCGGCAUUCUUAACCUUCUGCUGCGUGCCGUCGUGAUUUUUGACCAGCCACCGCAAGAUAAGUGAGGGAAAGCGGACCAAUCACAGACGCUGGCACCGCCCUUUUCGUCCGGUUAUCAAUUUUCAGUGCACUGGCACGGCCCCAUCGAAUCCGUCUCCACUAGAGCGUGCACCUCGCCUCUUGUUAGCCAAUUAGAUAAGACGAACUGCUCAGUGUAGGCAAUUUUAUUUGUCUUUAAAGCAAACAAAAGUGACCUCCUAUAAACGAGGAGAGCGUAUUAUUGGUCUAUUCAGACAACCCUGCGGGUCACCGCCCGAUGCUUGCGCCGGCGGUUAUGCAUGUUUGACGUCAGGAGAUUGGAAUAAAAACAUAUUGGAAUAGUUUUACAUUAUAGUGCCCCAGGUCCUAACAUUUCUUCACUGGAGUAGAAUAAAUCGGUCAUGCCAGUGCUGCUGUUAUCGCACACAGUUGCUUGUCUUGCAUAAGCACGUUGGUCUGUCUGGUAAUGCUUUACAGAACCACAAAUCAUGCUAGAUAGCCAGAUACCUGCAGAACGCUUGGCAUAACUUAAAAUCCUUGUAGUGUAAAAGAUCUACGUAAUGUUAUUUUCUCCCUAAGCGCUGGAAAAAGUAAAAUAUCUUCCGGAUCGUACUGCAGUUAGUAAUGCUGAUCUACUAGUUCAAUUUCUUCUUUUCUUAGAGAAAAGUCAUUACGAACUUGCAGCUAUUCUACUUUCACAUAAGCAUUCUGGUAAAUUUACUUGUUGGCUUGUAUAUUGUGUUGCUGUCUUUCUUCAUGACCUAUCUCAUUUGCCAUAAUUGUAAAAAUUAACAUGUGCUUGAAUUCUCUCAAUGUGUUAUUGCAUUGGCUUUUUUGUUAGCGUUUAUGAUGUUAAUGUUUUUUUACAUUGUUGUUAUUGGCUUGAUGCUUGUUUCCACUUAUUAGAGCAAGUUUUAGUGACCCCAAAUGUUUGUAUGGAUGGUUAGUAGGUUAAAUGAUGCAUCAUUGUACGCUGUUUUUUUUUCUUUUUCUGCUACUGUUUGUCUCAAGUGACUGAGGUAUGAUUGCAAGUGUGAGCAUCCACUUUAAGUGCCCUGGUAAUUUUAUCUCAACGUCAAGCAGUGUAUAUUAUGUAAAUUUUCAUAAAUGUAAAAUAAAAUUUUGAAAUUUCA